AUGAAUUCGAAUAAUCUUACAAAUAUUUAUGAUAAGAAUAGUAUUUUAAUUAUUCCUAUGGAAAUAACAAAUCCAUGUCCAAAUCAACGCGUUAUUUCUCGACCAUUAUUAUUUGUUCAUAAUUAUUCAUUAUUUGUUUUUGGUUCAAUAUUAAAUAUUUUUGCAUUUAUUGUUCUCAUGCAACGUUCAUUACGUUGUCAUUCAACAUUUGCUUAUUUAGCAUUUUUAUCUUUAUCAAAUGGUUUGUUAUCAUUAGUACGUUUUAUACAAUGGAUGUUAACAUAUUAUUUAAAUAUACAUUUUGAAAAUAAUUUAUACACAUGCCGUUUUUAUCAUUUUACAUUAGAUUUUUUAACACAUUUUAGUUUAUUUACAUUAGUAUGUGUUAAUAUUGAUCGUGCACGAACAGUAACAAAAAAUCGACCAAAAAGAAAAUUUUCAAAAUCAACAUUUCGUAUGGUUUUAAUCAAAGAAUUUGUUAUUGCUAUUAUUUUAUGUGCUUAUCAUUUUCAUUGGCUUGUCAAAUUUGGUCAUAAAGUUUUUGAUGGUCAGGUACAAAAAACAAUUUGUUAUUAUGAUCAAUAUCGAACAGCACCAGCAUAUUAUUAUUUUCUUUCAACAAUCUAUCCAUUAUUCGAAUUAAUUAUAUUUUUUUGUCUUCCCCUUUUAAUGAAUCUUAUAUGUACAAUUCUUAUUGUACGAAGUUUACGUUUAAAAAUGCGUUUAAAUAAACGUUUUGCUCGAUCAAAUUCUACAAAUAAUAAUAAUUCAAAACAAAAAAAAAUCUAUCAACGAAUACAAGACAUAUUUUCUUGUUUUAUUCCACAAACAACAACUAAAUCAAAUAUAUAUUCAUGUUUCUGUUUUCAAAUUCAAUGUCGACGUCACACAGAAUUACGUUUAGAAAUCGGUCGAACUAAACAAAGUUUAAUAAAAUAUGAGGACGAAAGUGAAUCAAACGAACAACGACAAUCAACAAUAUUAACAAGUUCUUUAACACGAGAUAGUUCACACAUAACAACAACAACCACCACUUCAACAAUAUUAAUUAAAAAACAUCGUAUUAAACGAAUACGUGACAUACAUUUAUCAGCAAUGCUUAUUGGAUUAAAUAUUUUGUAUUUAAUAUUUAAUUUACCAUUUUAUUUUCAUCAAUCAUUUGGAAAAAAAUUUUAUAGAAAUAAUAUUGAUGAAUGUAUUGUAAAAUUUACACAUCUUUUACUUGAUACAUUACAACAAACAUAUUUUUCAACAAAUUUUUUUCUGUAUGUUUUAACAAAUCGACGUUUUAGAGAAGAAUUUUAUAAUACAAUUAUAACAUUAUUUUCACGUAAACAACAAUAUUUACUGAAGAAAAAUAUUCAACGAAGAAAACGACGAAGUUUAAAUUGUAAUGCAUCAGCAACAUUUUUGACCGGCUUCAAUAAUGAUUAUCAAAUUAAUCCAGUAUCAAUUCAACAGAAUCAAGACAACAAUCUUUCUGAUAUAGAAGAAGCAGAAGCAUCAUCAUUACAGCAACAAAACGUUCUUGCACAAUGUGAAAAUCAUAAAAUCACGUCGAAAACAGAGAUGUAA